AUGCUCGGCUAUGCCAGGAAAAUAAACCACAUCAAGAAGGUCCUAUACAGAGAGAAGGCGAAGAGAAGCAAAAGAGCCAAGUGCCACAUCCAGCACGUGCCCUACAGCGAUCGGCACAAGGAGAAGGUGACCCUCUGGUACAAAAGGGGGACGCUCACACAGGUGAUUGAAUAUGCAGAGAGGGAAAGGGGCCUGUUCCUCCUCAGUGACUAUGGGGAGGCGCGCACAAAGGGGGGAAGUCAUUUGGUGCCACCUCGAAAGGGUACCCACCUAGGAGUACUUUCUCCUGAGAAUGGCCCUGCAUGGGUUGGCGCAACACCCCAGGGGGUGCCUCGCCAUGGGAACGAGCAUCAUGAACAGGAACACGCGAAUGGCGGGGGGAGGAGGAAUCACAACGGCGGGACCUCCUACGAAUUACUGAGCACCACGUCGCCAAAAGGUGCCCGCCCAGGAGGCACUCCAACCUCUCCUCACACAAGCGAAGAGAGCAUCACGGUGGGGAAAAAAUAUCAAGACGGGCAGGAAAAAGAACAAAUUGAACGAAGCGGAAGAAGCGGAAGAAAUGAACAGAGCAAACCAAACCGACUGCUGAUCCACUACCAUUUGGGGAGCGUAAAAAGCAUGAUGACCAUUUUGGACAAGUGCCAAGCGUACAGGUACAAAAAUGAUACCCUCUUGGGGGACAUUUGCCAAUCCAUCCCCUCGCUCGACCUACGAGAGACCAACGUAAAGGACCUCCUGACCAUUCUACAUGCAUUCAUUAAAUUAAAUUUUUUCCAUGAGGGUCAUUUUAAUUACCUUUUUUUUUGUCUCCUAAAUGAGCAUCUUCUGAGCAACUCCCAUUUGAUAUCCCUCCUGUUCGUUUUGUCUAACGUAGAAAGGAUGAACGCUUUGAGUUGCCUCCUCCUCUACAGAGUCAAUUUUAUGGUGCUCCACAGGAUGCACUCCCUCUCCCUGCACCAGCUGCAUAAUGUGCUGAACGCCUACCUCAACAUGUGCAGGCGGUUGUCCGUUCGGGGAGAACUUCAACGGGGAAGUGCACACCAGGUGAUAAAGACGGAUGGGGGGGGCUCCCCGAAGAUCAAUUCGAAAAAUUUUGAGCUGUUUUACAAGCUGAGGUUUGACGAGGCAGCCCAAGCAGGGGAGACUGCCAAUCAUAGCACUCCCCGCAACUGCAUUCACCUCAUAUUCCGCCUCAUUGACAGCCUGAGGAAGAAAAAGAUCCCCGUGGAAAAGCUGAGCAAAUUCAUAACCCCCCAGGAUUGCCUCAACAAAGCUUUCGUCACCCACUUGAAGAGAGAAAUAGGCCUCCUCUUUGUGAAGAAGCUAAAAUGUGAACACGUCCUCUUUAACCGCCUGGAGAGGAAGCGUCUGUAUCGGUUGAGGGAUUCCAUUUUGGGAUCUCCUAAAGGAAGGGGCCCCCAUGGGGAGGAAAGCGCGGCAGAACAGGGAACCCCCCAGUGGCAUUCCCACACAGAUGAGAAGACUCAACUGGGGACCCACUUAAGGGAGCAAGAACUGAAUUCGGCGCGUACCUUCCCACAGCAGAAGGGGGGGCACACAGGGUCGGCGGCUAUCCAGUUGAAGCUGAUAAGGAGGAUGAAGCGGCAGCUGGACGCCCGGCUCCUCGUGCCGCUGAUCAGGGUGUGCGACUUUCAGGAGGGUGAUCAUCACGAUGGGGAUGGCCGCUCAAUCGGCAUGCGCGAUGUGGAUGACCGCUCAACCGCCCCGCGGAGGAACCCCCCCCUGGACCUGCUCCUCCACGGCUACAAACACCUGCCCCUGAAGUUCGAUGCAAAGAGCCUCGUGGUGACGCUGAGCUGCUUCUCCCAGCGAAGGCAAACACAAACGGAUGAAGUCCUUCACAUGCUAUUAAACCUCAUGGAAAAAAAAAUAAACAAAUUUACUCCAGAGCAAAUAGUAGACAUGAUGAACAGCAUCUCCACCCUGAGAGAUGAAAGAAUACCAAAUGGCACUCUCAAUUUUUUGAUUAGAUUUCUCUUUAACAAAAAUGGGAUUAUUUACAUGAAGGACACACAUGUGAGUACUCUCCUAAAUGUGAUUCAAAAAAAAAAAAAAUUUAUUAACCAAGACGGUGUUCAUUAUAUAAGUCACUUUGUUGUUAACCAUAAGCCGCAUUUUAAAAAUGUGAAAAAUAUGUUUUCCUAUUUUUCCUUCCAUUUUCAUUUUAACACUUUUGGUGACCACUUUUUAAGUGCACUUUAUUGUUCCUUCUUGGGUGGCGGCAGUGGUGGGUACCUCCUCGAGUUGGAUCUCCUCAAUCGAGUUUUAUCAUCCACUUUGGUAAUUCCCUCCUUCUGGAAAUAUCAAAAAAGGGUCUUCAAAAAAAUUGACACUUGUCUGUUGUGCACUUUGAGGAGAAUGAACCGUUCGGACUACUCCCCCCGGCGGAGGGACCUCUCUCAUGUGGUCGAACUUAUUUCCCACAUGAACAGCUCCCUCACGAGCGAUGUUUACAAAGCGUACGAGGGUGAAAUAAAUCAAAUGAGAAGGAAGAAACGUUCCCCUCGGGGGGACAUCACAAAUUUGGUAUGCGGAACGACGAAUGGCGCAAAUGGACAAGUCAGAAAAGGGAACUCUACAAAGAUUGAAACACACAAGGAUGGAAAAAAAAAAAAAAAAAAAAAAUUGCAAUUUUAUUAUGCACACAAUUCGUACAAUGAAGUGUACUUCAUGACGUCAUCCUUCAAUUUAAAAAUCUUCAUUUUGGUCAAAAAAAUUCUCCAAAAGGUGUUAAAUGGGAGGGGAUGUGCUAACCUGCACAGUGAAGAGAUCGCUCUCCUGAUAAAGGCACUAACAAAUCUGCACGAAAUGAAAAAAAAAAUCACGCAGAUGAACAAAACGUACACCUAUUUUUACGUUGCAACGAAGUGGAGAUGCAAAAAAAACAGAAUUGUAAACACGUAUUUUUUAAAAACAAUUAACCAGAUUGAUAAGGAUAUUCUCCAAUUUUUGUGCAAAAUGGACCAGGAAAGGAUCUUUCUCUGCAACGUCCACAUGCUAAGGAGUAACUACCUGUUUGAGCCGCUAAUGAACGAACAACUCGUGCUGUCCCACCUUCAGCAAAGUGUGCGCCGAAUGGGGAACAAACCAGUCAGCACAGGCACCGCCGUUCUUUUCUUUAAUUUUUUGAGUUCCUACAAAAUUGACGAAAUGGUGUUGUCCAGCAGGGGUGUACGCAUGAAGGAUGUGUUGCACAGUCGGGGUGUGCCUCGAGCAGGCUUCGAAGAACUGGAGGGGACGCUCCUGAAGGCCUUCCUGGUCAGCCAAAAAGUGGAAAGUCCAUACCGAAAAAGAGAAAAGCUGUUUGCACACAUGUACAGUGAGAAGAAGAGGCAAAAGUCCAGCAUAAAAAACGCCAUAAAGCAUUUCUUUUUAACGUAUAAAUUCACAAAUUGGGAAUAUUUAAAAAAGUACCAACAGGAGAGGAAAAUCUACAUAAAUAAAAUUUCGAACAACCUGGAGAGAGAAAUGUUAAAAAGGAAAAUAAAAAAAAUGGACGAUCUGGUUAAGCAGAAUGGCACCUUUAGGCAUAUGAACAAGUACAACAAAUUUUUAAUUUGCAAAUUUGCCUCAAAAUGGAAGAAGAAAAAAAAAUAUUUAGUCCUCAAGAGCACCAUUAAUUCGUCCUAUGUGGACGCAAAUGACAUGAUCGAGUUGUUGUUCAGCUCAGUGGUUAUGUCCAUUCGGCAUCUUGUCAAUCACCCUAAGGGGAGUUCCCCCCGCGCACGCGAGCGUCCCACGUGUGAACCACCCACCUGUGAACCACCCACCUGUGAACCACCCACGUGUGAACCACCAACCUGUGAGCCCCCCACGUCUGAAUACCCCAAAUGUGUGACAUUCCUGCUAAAAAAAAUGAUUGUCUUGAAAAAGCCCAAAAUCGUUAACAUCACAUACCCCCUCUACUUUAAGCUCCGUCUCUGCAUUGAGGCCAUCAAAUGGGUGUACCCCAAGCUGAUGAAAAAUUAUGGGCACAUAUUAAUGUACUGGAAGAGAGUGCUGGGCGCGCAUUUGGGGAGCGACAAGACCUUGAAAAAUUAUUUCGACUACGCGCAGAGCGGCAUCAGCGGGAACCAUACGUUGAGCGCAUCCCACAUGCUAGCAAACGGGAGCGAUUGGGGCGGCGCCCCCCACGUGGUUACCCCUGCAAACGGGCAGACGCAGCACAGCCUCACGAACCACGCAAACGACGCCCUCCAAAAAUUUCUAACCUACCCCUGCAUUUCGCAAACGAAUUACAAAUAUAAAUUAAGAAGUAAAAAAAACUACUCCCUCGAGAAUUGUCUUUACUUUAAAAAUUCCAAAUGUUACAAAAACGUAGUCUUUCACGACAUGCACGAGCAUGUUAGCUACCUCCAAAACAGCUCUCACCAGCUGUACAUUAAUUUGGUGCACUUGAAGAGGAGACUACUACGGCGAAGUAACAACCAGGGGGGGCAAAAAAGAAGGAAAAAAAAAAAAAAAAAAAACUAUAAAAGCGUAAAGCAGUUAAACUGUAAUUGUGCCAAACGAAAUAGCAUACUGUUCAAAUGCUCGUUCAACAUAGUGGACGUGAAAAAAGUGGAAAUGUUUCAUAGCCAUCUGGUCAGAGUAGACGUGGCUAAGCGUAACGUCGUAAAAAAUGGCCCAAGCGAAGAUAACACGUUGCAGUUGUGCGCAUCCGCAUUUUGCAAACGAGAAUUAUUUUUAACUUUAUUUUUGAUGAAAGUGGAAUUGGCGAAGCAUAUCCAGACAGAGUUUAACAUCGUGCCGGUGGCCACGGACAAACUGAACAGCAUCCGCAGCAGAAAGCAGCUCCAUUUGUACUUAUCAGCGAAACUGUUGUGUUGA